AUGCCCGGACACGAACUGGACGACGUGAUAAACCAGCGCUUGAACCUGUACGAUGUGCUAGAACUGCCCACUCCACUCGACGCCCGCACCAUCUACGAUGACCUGCCCCAAAUAAAACGCAAGUACAGGUCUUUGGCCUUGCGCUACCAUCCGGACAAGCAUCCGAACGACCCAUUGAUCAUACACAAGUUCCACCUGCUGUCAACAGCAACCAACAUCCUCACCAACACAGACGUACGGCCGCGUUACGACCGCUGGCUCAUCGAGCAACAACGCAGGACAAACGACAUUCAAAGGAACAGACUCAUAGAAAAGCUACAACGCUCCGAAUCCGAGACAGCAACCGCCACACCGCCGCAACACGCAAACGUCUCGCAAGUCCAGCGCUAUGGCGAACUACUGAGAAAACUAAAACACUUCAAUAAACCAUACGGCGACUGGAAACAUCUGGACCAACAAGAUCAAGAGAAGCCCCAGAACCAUCCUUACUACGAUUGCUCUACUUUGAGAAUUGUCCUCGACAACUUCCCGCAUUCAAACGCCAAAUCAAGCUGUGUUGCUCAUCUGCGAACCCAUGUGUUCGCCGCGCUCAACUCUCACGAGAUCCACGACAUCUACUUCUCCGAAAGAAAUGACUACUCCAAGGGCGACUCUAUAAUAAUAUACACAGUGUUUGACACCCCCAUCACGGCACAACACAUAUUCAGGAGCUGGUCAAGUGGCAACGUCACCCCCACGGUCCGCGACAUAUCGCCGCUGAUCCCACUACACUAUUAUUCGGACUUCAACCUACAAACGGAAUUGAACGACGACAUCGCGAGGUUGGUUUCCAAUGAACCUAUUCCUCUUGACUGA